CGCUGCAUCUUCUACCGGCAACGUGGCAACACUUGAAAGUUCUACUACUACUUUCCCACAUGUAACCUACAAUCCGAGGACACAGUUAGACAUGUGGAAACUACACAGAAAGGACUGACUUUUUUCCCCCUUGUUUGUUCGCAUUAGCCUGAAGAUGGACGUGAUUUCCUCUUUUCCAGCCCUGUGGGACUGCAGCUGUCAGACUCCUCAGGGCGUGCUCCACUGUUUACUCCCAGCAGCCUGGGAUACACUUUGCAAAUAAAACGGAGAUGAAGGAUUAUGCACACCCAUCCAUACCCUGAAUGGUAUGAUUUUGAUUUAAAAGCAUCCUUUGGUAAGCCCGGCUGAUCUUGUGUGAAGGGGGUCAUCAUGGAUCACAGAGGUCACCAACCCCGGCCCGACUCUGCCCGUCACUCCCACAGGACGAAAGACAGAGAGGACUAUUACAGGUAUUCUCAGCAGGACAGCAGGGACCAGAGCUACCCACCACCCAACCCCAGAGAGAGGGACCGACAAUGGGCUCAGGCGGAUGCCCGCUACAGGGCUCACUUCACCAGUCCUCCUGCCAGACCGGAGCAGUAUCCUCAGCAGUAUCCUCAGCAGUAUCCUCAGCAGUAUCCUCAGCAGAAUCCUCAUGGCUAUGGCCAUCCAGAACACCAAAGACCCCAGUCCAGGCAUGGGUAUGACUAUCCACCUCACAGCCACUGGGACUACAGAGACAACUACGGUUACUAUGACCACGACUACUACAGAGGACAGCACGGACGACAAGAUGCUGGCCAGUGGGGUCCCCAGGACUCCUCGAGAACGGGCCCUUACCAUGACAGAACAUACAAGCAGGAGCCUUCAGGGAGCUCCUACGCUGAGGAGUACAGGUAUGACCAACAACUCCAAGAUAAGACAAUACUCCAAGACAACUCCCAGCAGCAUUACCUCAAUGACUACGAGGAUAAUCCCUCCAGAGACAACGAAGAGGUGUCCUCUUAUUACCUGGGGACGUUAGAAAGUUCCAAAAACUCAGGGUUAUCCUCCAGCAGCUACGAACUGAGUCAGUACAUCAACGGAGCCGAACACAGCGAGCCUGUCCCGCAAUCUGAUGCAGAGCAUGGACCGAUCCCUCAGAUGUCAGCUCCUCUGAAGUACUCCAUCCCUCAUGCGGUUGUCAGCUUUGGGCCAGCAGGCCAGCUGAUACGGGUCAGUCCCGGCCUGUCCACACAGGAGAACGCCAGCCAGCUGGAAAUCCACAGUCUGGAGGUAAUUCUGGGUGAGACAAAGGAACAGCAGGAAAUGAGAAACUUCCCAGGACCUUUAACCAGGGAAGAUCUGCACAAAGUAGAUGCUAUAGAGUUUGCCCACCAGAGGUCAGUGGCCUGCAUGAAUGGUGACAAGCUGCAUGAUAAGAGCUCUGCUGCCCUCCUGUGGAAGCUACUGAUCCUGCUCUGCAGACAGAAUGGACAAAUGGUUGGCUCAGAUAUCGCCGAGCUGCUGAUGCAGGGCUCACAUUCAGAUGGAAGCUGGGCGUCUGAGGCUCCAACACUCAUCGACUUCAGUGAGGGCGCAACUGCUGAAGCACCACCUUGCACUGGAGAUGACGACCUGCUCACAGGAGACUGGAGCAGCUUUGGCUCUGAGACCUCUGGGAAGGCCCUGCAGAGCUACACUCAGCUGCUGCUGGCUGGAAGAAAGAAGGAGGCCUUGGAGUCAGCUAUGAGCAGCGGCCUGUGGGGACAUGCACUUUUUCUGGCCAGCAAAAUGGACAACAGGUCCUACACCAGUGUGCUGAACAGGUUUACAGGCCAGCUAACGGCCAGUGAUCCCCUCCAGACUCUCUUCCACAUGCUGACUGGGAGAAUCCCUGCUGUAGCCGUGUGCUGUGGAAAUGAAAAAUGGGGAGACUGGAGGCCCCAUCUGGCUGUGAUGCUCUCCAAUGAGACAGGAGAUCCUGCCGUCCAACAGAAGGCCAUCGUCACCAUGGGAGACACACUUGCCUCCAAAGGCCUUUUACAUGCCGCCCAUGUGUGCUACAUGACAGCCGGUGUUCCCUUUGGGAUUUUCACGCAGAAGGCAGAGAGACUGGUGCUUCUGGGCAGCAGCCACAGACAAUCCUUUGAAUACUUUGCCACGAAUCUUGCCAUCCAGUGCACUGAAUUGUAUGAGUACUGCCAGAAACUUGGGGGCAAAUGCCUGUCAAUACCAUCCUUUCAGGUGUAUAAGUUCCUGUACGCCAGUCGACUGCUGGACUGUGGGCUGGCAUCUCAGGCCUUCCAUUACUGCGAGGUGGUGGGACAGGUGAUCCUCAGGCUGAGGGAGCCUCUCUUUGUGCUGACUGGAGAGCUUAUAAAGCUGUCAGACAGGCUGAGACACUCUGAGGGUCAGUUCAGCGAAACAGGUGUUAGUGGAGCCGGGCAGGAACCCGACUGGCUCAAACAGCUCCGCGCUAGGUACCACAGUUUACAGAUGGGGAAUUACGACUGUACUGAAACAUACCAGCCACCUCCUGAGGGAAGUGCUCUGGCCCAUGAGGAUAGCAAGGUCUUCUCAGAAUCGGACUUGGAUGACCUAAACCGAGACAUCCAGAGUCCAGAGCCUGAACUCCUGUAUUACAGAGUCACUGAGGACCAAGAAAACCUUGUGCAUCAAGUUGAAGGAAUCACAGAGGAAAUGAAGGCGUUGUCGUGGGACGUUAGCGGAGCUCAGAACUGGCCACAUGCCAAUUCUCCGUUGCCAGUAACGCCGGUUUAUGCUCCCCCAGCGUCCGCAGUGGCCGCGAGUCAAGCCUUCAGUUAUCAUAACACAGAUAGUUCUGAAGUCAGAACGGCUUUGCCACAUUGUCCUCUGAGUAAUGCGCCAUCAGCAGCAGAGGGAGCCGGGUUGUACUCUGGAGCAGGCACAAUGGGAGUUCAGAUGCUGGAAGUCAACUUCAGUCAGCAGGGGCGAAGCCAGCAGAGCAUCCCGCAAGGUUUAGAGGCCUCCGAGCAGACCAGCGAGCCUCCUAAACAGGACAACAAGGCCGGAUGGUUCAGUGGUUGGUUCAAAUCAAAACCCAAAGAUGCUCAAAAGGAGAGUUCAGAGCAGAGAAGCCCAGCUCAGAUGGAGCUACCACCGACUACUGGCUUCUGUCCUCCUCCCCCGCCUCCCAUCGUCUCUCCUGGCAUGUUUCCAACUCAGCCUUCCUCUGCUGGGAUCAACCCCUUUUCAAGGAAAGCAGGCCAGCAGCUGGGGUAGAAGCUGUCAAGACCACUAUCCUCUAUCACAGGAUCACUGACAUUACUAGAAUCAAAGUUGGAGGAUCUUUGCCCCCCGCCCAUAUUUAUUUUCACAGGGUGUCCUUUCAAACUGUGGGGGUUGGAAAAACCAUCAUGUUGCAUAUUAGAUACAGAAAUACUCUGGAUGGAGCGUCAAAGUAACUCAUAUUGCAGCGUGAGAAACAGCUGAGAUGCGCUCUAGAAGCUGACAGCAGGGAAAUUACCAGUGGCUGCAGGACAUAUUUUUGGGAAGGGAUAUCCUAAUUGACCCCAAUAACCAUUUAUGUACCGUAUGAGAGAUUUGACCAGGACCGUCGAUGCCAGCGACACGGAGCGACUGUGACCAUCUACGUAACUGCCCGCUGAGUAUAUCAUCAGACUCUCACUGCUCAAUGAGUAUCCGUGGGUGUUAUAUGCUGCAAGAGAAUUAGCUAAAUUUAAGUUAAAAGUAUAAAAUCCAUCCAUGCAUCAUCUUUUUAUGAUCAAAUAUCUAUGCACUUAAAGGGACUCUAUGUAAGAAUCAGAAAUUGUUUGUUUAACAGUGACACCUGUGGCGUUAAGUCAACGACAGUCGGUCUCCUGUCGCUCCCGCUUGUGCUUGCACUACCGACACACAUGAGACUGAAGAUGAUUGACAGGCAUCCUGUCAAUUAACGUUAGCAAGAUUAGCAAACUAAAACUACAAUAUCACUAUAUAUUUCACAUGCUUGGCAGUAAUGUUAGCACACCAAACGAAGGUCCCUCCAUGAAUCGAAGGCCCGGCCGAUGUUGAUCCCAGUGUUAACUUUUCCUGCAUCAGCCUGUAUAACUUUGGUGUUUGGUGCUUCCGUGGAGUUUGUGUUGGAGGCUGAGUUGUGUUGGGGGAUGGUCGUUUGUUAGCGUUAGCGGACUCCAUUUCUAACCGAACGUUAGCUAUGGUUCCACACUGUAGCGGAGCUGAAGGCUCUCUAAAGGCAGUCUCACGCGCGCAUGACGUCACAUCCGUUGGAUUUUCCUGGAAAAACGGGUCCGGGUUCUUCACAUUAAAAGCGGUUUACAGGCUGAUAGAGGAAACAAACCCAGAAAGUCGCGGAAGGUCUCAUUUUGUAGGUUAGGUUACAACCUGUUCACACAUCGGCAAUAAAAAACCUUUAUACAUGUACAAACUUUCAUACAGUCCCUUUAAAAACAAUUAUCCAAUAAUUAAAAGUACAUUCAAACAUUUAUGAGAUGCAAACUAAACUGUAAUCCAAUGCUGUGGUUAUUUAUUAGCAUCACAGAACCCAUUUUUAAUCUUCCAAGCUGAGUAAGCAGAAAUCGUAGCCUGACUCUGCAAGGCUGGUAAAUUAUGGCACAAUGUUUGUGAAUUAUCUGAUCAUGUUUCCCAUCUGUAGAGGGAAUACUUUGAAAUAUAUACAAGACAUAUGCAGGAAAAAAUUGAGCUGUCACGCUGCUAAGAUGGAUGAUACCACAUGGUGUGAGGGUGGGGGGGCUGGGAAAGACCUAUGCCAGGCAAACAUCCAACAUGCCCUACACCCCCAUAAACAACCAGCCAGUAGACAUUUCUAGGAUUCAACUGUGUAUAUGCGGUGAUGUUUGCCUUCAACUGAGAAUGAGCUUUAUUAACAGCCUUAUUAUAUAAAUGUUUGUGUGAUGACAAAGCUAGCGUACUCUCUUUAAAAUGUAUAUAAAGCACACAGUAAUAUAUGCUCUUGGAGUACAUUUUUAGAACAAACUUUUUAUUACUGUCACCUUGUAAACAUGUUUUGAUUUUUUACUUCUGUCAUAUGUGCUUGAUGUAUUAUAGUAUAUGUUGAUGCUUUUUUUGUACCUCUGUACCAGCACAUUCUAUGGUUUAAUUACCAGUUUAUUAGUGCAAUUUUGAAUAAAAAUAUCUUGCCAAGAAA